ACCAUAGCGACGCUAGCAUUCACAGAAAAACAACGCACAAUUAUUAAAAAAUAUUUAAUGUGAGUGACAAACACAUUACGUGGCAAUGAGAGACAGUUUUAUCCGUGUGUGUAUAAACUUGUCUGAAGCUUCUCAAGUUAGCUUAGCUUGCUAGCUGCUAACAAAGAGACGUGGAAGUGAUCAACACAUCGCUAAGCAGAGAUCGAGUGUGAGUGUAAAGUGUUGUGAUUGUGUGAAAAUGUGUAAAGUACAAAUGCUGAGAGCGUUGGUGAAUCAGCGGCUAACUGCGGCUGUUGAAGAAAUAUUUGUAGUGUUGGAAAGAACGAUAGCAGAGUACGAGGAGGAACUUUCUCGAACAAAAGAGGAGAACGAGCGACAACGUCAACUACUGGACGCUGUUUUCAAGAAGACUGAAGAUGAACCACACGGAGGAGACUUUAGUGAAGAAGAUGUCUUCGCUGAGCAGGAGUGGAGCUUCAGGGUGGAGCAGGAGCAGCUACAGAUUAAAGAGGAAGAGGAGGAUCACAGCAUUAGUCAGGAGGAGGAGUUUCCAGUGGUUAUUGUGCCUGUGAAGAGUGAAAGUGAGGAGAAGAAAGAGGUGGAGCCUCCAAGCAGCAGCUCAACUCAACACAUGACAACAGAAACUGAUGGAGACCACUGUGGAGGAUCACAAGCAGACAACCUCUUAGCUCCACUAUCAGAUAGUGACGACACAACGUCACACUCUCCUGAUACUGAUGAUGAAGACUCUAAAGCUGAUAUGACAUGUCACACUGACAACACACACUUUAAAUGCUCUCAAUGUGACAAAACCUUUGGCAACAAAAAAACUCUAAUAACACACAUGUCAUGUCACACUGACAGAAAGUGGAAAUGCUCUCAAUGUGGCAAAGCGUUCAACCGCAAAUCAUCUUUGGAAAGGCACAUGAGGGUCCACACAGGAGAAAAACCAUACGUCUGCUCAGUUUGUUGUCACGCGUUCUCUCAGAGCGCCACUCUGACAGCGCACAUGAGAAGACACACUGGAGAGAAACCUUUUUCAUGUUCCUUCUGUAGUUUACGCUUUGUACGGAGCCAACAUUUGAAAACACACAUGAGAAUACACACUGGGGAAAAACAUUAUUCUUGUUCAGUCUGUGGCGCAAGUUUUGUACAAAGUCAACAUUUGAAAACACACAUGAGAAGACAUACUGGAGAAAAACCAUAUGCCUGUUCAAUCUGCAACAAAAGCUUUUCUGUUCGAACAACACUUGUUAGACACACGAGAACACACACUGGAGAGAAAGUGUUGAGUUGCAGUGUGUGUGAUGAAAAAUUCUCUUAUAAGUACCAGCUUAACAAUCACAAGUGUGCUGGUGAGAACAGCAGCAGUAAAUGAAGCUGCGGUACUUGAAAUAAACUGUCAAGACUUUGGUAACUUCCAACAACAUCAAAACACAUGUGUGACAUGAUUGUUGUGUAACACAGUCUUGUUAAU